GCCGGCCCUGAGCGCGGUCCCGCACUGCGCCUUCCUUCGCGGAGCCGCGACCUGAGCGCAGCUCCGCGGAGCGCGCGGAACCCCACCGACUGCGCGCCGCGCGCCGCGCUCCUCGCACUCCGCCCGGCUCCGCCGGCUCCGGCCCGGCACAAGCUGCCAAGCCGUCCGUCCCCGCUGCGCCCCCGCUGCGCCCCCGCUGCGCCCCCGCGCUGUACUCGCUGCGUCCCCGCGCUGUCCCCUCUGCGUCCCCGCUCUGUCGCCGCGCGGUCCCCGCUGCGCCCCCGCGCUAUCCCCGCUGCGUCCCCGCUCCGGCCCCGCUGCGUUCCCGCUGCGUCCCCGCUCUGUCCCCGCGCUGUCCUCGCUGCGCCCCCGCUCCAGCCCCGCUGUGCUCAGCUGCGUCCCGGCCGCCCAUCCUCGGCGAUGCAGCGCGGCGCCGCCUGGGCGCUGCUCUUGGCCGCGGCCCUGGGGCUAGGCGUGCGCGGGGUUCGCGGCGCGGUGGCCCUCGCCGACUUCUACCCUUUCGGCGCGGAGCGCGGCGACGCUGUCACCCCCAAGCAGGACGACGGCGGCUCGGGUCUGCAGCCGCUCUCCGUGCCCUUCCCGUUCUUCGGCGCCGAACACUCCGGACUCUACGUGAACAAUAAUGGGAUCAUCUCCUUCCUGAAGGAGGUCUCUCAGUUCACCCCAGUGGCAUUUCCCAUCGCCAAGGACCGCUGCGUAGUGGCAGCCUUCUGGGCAGAUGUGGACAAUCGACGUGCAGGUGAUGUGUACUACCGGGAGGCCACUGACCCAGCCACGCUGCGCAGAGCCACAGAGGAUGUCAGGCGAUACUUCCCUGAGCUCCUGGACUUCUCCGCCACCUGGGUUUUCAUAGCCACCUGGUACCGUGUGACCUUCUUCGGAGGCAGCUCCUCUUCCCCUGUCAACACGUUCCAGACUGUGCUUAUCACUGAUGGCAAGUUCUCCUUCACCAUCUUCAACUACGAGUCCAUCACGUGGACCACAGGCACACACGCCAGCAGCGGGGGCGACACCACGGGCCUGGGGGGCAUCGCAGCCCAGGCCGGUUUCAAUGCGGGUGAUGGGCGGCGCUACUUCAGCAUCCCCGGCUCCCGCACAGCGGACAUGGCAGAGGUGGAGACCACCACCAACGUGGGCGUGCCCGGGCGCUGGGCGUUCAGAAUCGAUGAUGCCCAGGUGCGCGUGGGGGGCUGCAGCCAUACAAAUGGGCCCUUUGGGUCCAGGGAGGGAAGGGACGGCUCGUUCCUUCCUGUGUCCACAGCCUCCGUGUGCCUGGCCCUGCGCCCGUGCCUUAACGGUGGCAAGUGCAUCGACGACUGUGUCACGGGCAACCCCUCCUACACCUGCUCCUGCCUCUCAGGCUUCACAGGGAGGCGGUGUCACCUGGAUGUGAAUGAAUGUGCUUCCCAUCCGUGUCAAAAUGGCGGGACCUGCACACAUGGUGUCAACAGCUUCAGCUGCCAGUGCCCGGCCAGCUUCGGGGGACCCACCUGUGAGACACCACUGUCUCCAUGUGACACCAGAGAAUGUAAGAACGGUGGCCAGUGCCAGGCGGAGGAGGGCUCAGCGGUGUGCCUAUGCCUUCCUGGCUACACGGGUGUGGCCUGUGAGACGGAUGUGGAUGAGUGUGCCUCCAGCCCGUGCCUCAACGGGGGCUCAUGUGUCAACCUCAUGGGGAACUUCACCUGCCUGUGCGCAGAGCCCUUCGAGGGACCUCGCUGUGAGACAGGAAACCACCCAGUGCCGGAUCCCUGCUUCUCGGCCCCUUGCCAGAAUGGGGGCACCUGUGUGGAUGCAGAUGAGGGCUAUGUGUGCGAAUGCCCCCAGGGCUUCACCGGCCCCGACUGCAGGGAGAGAACCCCUGACCACUGUGAGUGCCGUAAUGGUGGCAGAUGCCUAGGGGCCAACACCACCCUCUGCCAGUGCCCCCCAGGCUUCUUUGGGCUCCUUUGUGAAUUUGAAGUCACAGCCACUCCCUGCAACAUGAACACACAGUGUCCCGACGGGGGCUACUGCAUGGAGUAUGGUGGGAGCUACCUCUGCGUCUGCCACACGGACCACAACGUCAGCCACUCACUGCCAUCACCCUGCGACUCAGACCCUUGCUUCAACGGAGGUUCCUGUGAUGCCCACGAGGACUCCUACACUUGCGAGUGCCCCCGAGGGUUCCAUGGCAGGCACUGUGAGAAAGCCCGACCACGCCUGUGCAGCUCGGGGCCCUGCCGGAACGGGGGCACGUGCAGGGAGGCAGGCAGCGAGUACCACUGCAGCUGCCCCUACCGCUUCACCGGGAGGCACUGCGAGAUCGGGAAGCCGGACUCCUGUGCCUCAGGCCCCUGUCACAAUGGCGGCACCUGCUUCCACUACAUUGGCAAAUACAAGUGUGACUGUCCCCCAGGCUUCUCUGGGCGGCACUGUGAGAUAGCCCCCUCCCCCUGCUUCCGGAGCCCCUGCAUGAAUGGGGGUACCUGUGAGGACCUGGGCACAGAUUUCUCCUGCCGCUGUCGAGCAGGGUACAUGGGACGCCGAUGCCAGGCGGAGGUGGAUUGCGGCACCCCAGCAGAGGUGAAACAUGCCACGCUGCGCUUCAAUGGCACUCGGCUGGGAUCCGUGGCCCUGUAUGAGUGUGACCAAGGCUACAGCCUGAGCUCCCCCAACUACGUCCGAGUCUGCCAGCCACAGGGAGUCUGGAGCGAACCUCCACAGUGCCACGAGACAGAUGAGUGCCAAGCACAACCCUGCAGAAAUGGAGGCUCCUGCAGGGACCUCCCAGGGGCCUUUGUCUGCCAGUGCCCUGCAGGCUUCACUGGAGUCCACUGCGAGACAGAGGUGGAUGGCUGCCACUCCAGCCCCUGCCAGCACGGAGGCCGGUGUGAGAACGGUGGCGGGGCCUACCUGUGCGUCUGCCCAGAGGGCUUCUUCGGCUACCACUGUGAGACAGUGAGUGACCCCUGCUUCUCCAGCCCUUGUGGGGGCCGCGGCUACUGCUUGGCCAGCAAUGGGUCCCACAGCUGCACCUGCAAAGUGGGCUACACGGGCAAGGAUUGUGCCAAAGAGCUCUUCCCACCAACGGCCCUCAAGGUGGAGCAAGUGGAAGAGAGUGGGGUCUCCAUCUCCUGGCGUCCACCUGAAGGUCGGGCCGCCAGGCAGAUGCUCGAUGGCUACGCAGUUACCUACACAUCCUCAGAUGGUGCCUACCGCCGCACAGACUUUGUGGACCGGAGCCACUCCUCGCACCAGCUGCACGCCCUUGCAGCCGGCAGAGCCUACAACAUCUCUGUGUUCUCGGUCAAGCGCAAUGCCAACAACAAGAAUGACAUCAGCAGGCCAGUGCUACUGCUGACCCGCACACGACCCCGCCCAGUUGAGGGCCUCGAGGUCACCAAUGUGACAGCCAGCACCAUCUCAGUGCGGUGGGCUCUGCACAGGAUCCGUCAUGCCACUGUCAGUGGCGUCCGUGUGUCCAUCCAACAUCCUGAGGCCCAGGAGGACCAAUCCACUGAUAUGGACAAGAGUGUGGACAGGUUCACAUUUGGGUCCCUGCUGCCAGGAAGGAGAUACACCAUCCAGGUGACUGCCCUCAGUGGGCUUGGGGGACAGGAGCCUCCCACUGAGAGCCUGGCCUCGACCCCACUGCACGUGUGGACUCGGCCCCUGCCACCAGCCAACCUGACAGCCGCCAGAGUCACAGCCACCUCUGCCCAUGUGGUCUGGGACAUCCCCACUCCCAGUACCUUGCUGGAGGCGUAUGUCAUCAAUGUGACCACCAGCCAGAGCACCAAGAGCCGCUAUGUCCCCAACGGGAAGCUGACGUCCUACACGGUGCGGGACCUGCUGCCAGGACGGCGCUACCAGCUAUCGGUGACCGCUGUGCAGAGUGCUGAGGGUGACCAACUGCACAGUGAGCCUGCUCACCUCUACAUCAUCACCUCCUCGAGAGACGGCGCUGACAGACGCUGGCACAGGGAGGGACUGCAUCCCCGAGUGCUCAGAAACAGACCCCCGCCCGCACGCCUGCCAGAGCUGCGCCUGCUCAGUGACCGCGACGCGCCUGAAACCCAGACCCCGGCCCCCAGGUUCUCAGAGCUGGUGGACGGCAGAGGGCGAGUGAGUGCCAAGUUUGGGGGCUCGCCUGGCAAAUCGGUCACCGUGAGAUCGCAACCCACGGCUCCAGUGCAGCUUGAAAACAUGGAGGAAGACCCAAAGCAGGUGCCUGAACAGGUCAGCCUGGCCCUCCAGCUUCCUGAACACCGCAUUGACAAGGAUGGGGAAAACACCCCUGGGAACUGUUCAAAAAAUCCCUGUCAGAAUGGAGGCACCUGCGUGCCAGGUAUGGACACCCACAGCUGUGACUGCAACCCAGGGUUUAAAGGCAGACGCUGUGAGCUUGCCUGUAAAAAGGUGCCCCAGCCCUGCACUCGGCUCUUCUCAGAGACAAAGGCCGUGCCGGUCUGGGAAGGAGGCGCCUGUCACCACAUGUACAAAAGAGUCUACAAAGUGCAUCAGGACAUCUGCUUCAAAGAGAGCUGUGAAAGCACAAGCGUCAAGAAAACCCCAAACAGGAAACACAGUAACAGUCCAACACUGAAGAAAUCUUAGAGUACAGGGUUUAGGGACGUUCUUGUUACACUCCAUCAACCUCAUGAGCUCCUAAAGCCCAGGAAGGCAGGGUCUAAAAUUGGACUGAAAGGACACCCUGAAAGACCAGGCCCUGGCUCGCAUCUGCGGCUUCUCUCUAGAAGAUGGACGGCCAAGGCCAGGCAGGGUCCAGCCCACCUCUCUUCAAGGCCACACCAGGGAGACCCUCUGGGCCAAAUCACCUCCCAGUCCUACAAUGCAUGAAACAAGCCUGUGUUGUAGCCCUGGCUGCUGUCUCCUACAGGGACAGUCUGCACCAUGGCCAGGGAGCAACUGCCAUGUGCACCUGGGCCCUGGAUGAGCAGGGCUGCCAGCCAGCAAGGCUCCUGCAGCAUCCAGGAACCAGUUCUCAGAUUCCAAAGUCAGAGGGCAAUUUUCUGCCUGAGACCUAACAAUCAAACUGAGAGGAACUGCCUUCCGGCUUCCACAGCAGAGACAGUGGUGCCAGGAAGGGUUGGUGGUGAGGCCAGACAGAAAGGGAAGCCAAGUUCUAGGCGCCCCACCCAACUCUCCUCCAGCAAAUUCUUUGUGCUGGUAUGUGGUGGACUACAGCCCCAUCACAUGGACCAGUAGAUUAUAAAAGACAAAGUGUUCAUUCAUACUAAGAUGGAGUUUAGACACUUUUAGUCUUCAACUUUUUCUCAGUGACUGUUUUAGGUUUUGUGGACCAACCUGUCUCUGUGGCAACUACUCAGCUUGGCACUGGUGGCACAACCACAGUCACAGACAAGUGACCCUAAAGGUGUGGCUGUUCCAGUGAAACCACAUUUACUAAAUGAGGGGGCAAAUUUCCUGGCCACACUUGGCCAAGCCCUGGUCUAUCGAGUCACCCAGGCCUCAGCCUUAUGCAGAGAAAGCUACCCACCCCCACACUGAUGACAAGUGGCAUGGCAUGGCACCAAGAGCCCCGAGCCUCACAGAAGCACAACGUGACACCCCAACACGUGCAGAGCCUUAACACCAUGGAGAUGGACGACCGGGACAGGCCAGUCCCGACCCAGCUCAAGAAUGCUUCAGUCCUCGACUCGAGUGGCACUCGUCCAGGCUGCCGGCUAGCGUGGUCUUUCACACAUUUUCCUCUUCAGCAGAAUGUGACCCUGGCUUGCCGCAGGGGCUUCCCCACACACUUCUGACCGCUCUGGCUUUUCCCUGCAGAGGAGGCGCAAGCCAUGCAAGCCAACCCCACCUCGGGUCUGCAGAGCAUCGUAGCAGCUGACUCAAGCCCCCACACAUCUGCCACGUACUCUGUCCCAAGUGAGCCCUACAGCCACAGAGGGCACGCCUUCUCAUCUUUUAUAAAAACAUUGUUGGAAGAGUUAAGAGUAUAUUUUAGGCUUUUUAUUAAAAUUUUGUGUGCACAUAUCUGUGUUUUACACAAUUUGUUUUCAGAGAGGAGGAACCGUCAUUUCAAGAAGUCUCUACUGUACCCAUAGCGCCCCCGGCGUCCCAGGCCCACCCGGAGAAGAUGGCCGUGCUCAGUCCGGGGCACUGGCACUGGGCGAAUCAAGAGAACACCAAGGCCAUGCAUGUGUACUGCUGACUUUUGCUGUGUCGCCAGGACCAGUCACUGUGUAUCUAUGUAAGCUACAGCAUCGCUAGCAAGUGGCAAGAUCAAGUGUUAUCACUGGAAAAAUAGAUGAAGCUCUACUAUGAUGUUAAUGACCUCAACCCCUCAGCCAUGAGAACACUGAUGUGUUCCAGUUUUUAACUUAGAAACAUUUUGUUUCUAUAAGAAAUAGUCUACUGAAUCCUGAGCUUGGUGCUGUGUUGUCUUAUGAUUAACUCCUCUUGAUGUUUUACAAAUUAGAUUAUCUAGUAAAAAGACUUCGUGAUGCAAAGGAAUUACAAUUCAUCCUGGAAACAUUCUAAAUGAGACACUGCUUUUUUUUUUUUU